AUGGGUGACGAGGGAAACGCAAAUGCUCCCGUUCCCAUUGUUGUGAAUCCAUCAAUUCCAAUACCUGGAAAAUUGGAUCUCAAGGGAAAUCUCUCAACAAACUGGAAAAAAUUAAAGCGGAUGUGGACUAAAUACGAAACUGCAUCCAACUUAAAGGAGAAAGACAAAGAGGUGAGAACUGCUACUUUUCUAACAUGCAUUGGACCUGAUGCAUUAGACAUUUUUGAUGGCCUCCAGUUUGAGAAUGAAGAUGAUAAAAAAGAUAUAGAUAUAGUACUUGAAAGAUUUGAAGCCUUCUGCAUCGGACAAACAAAUGAAACAUAUGAAAGAUAUACGUUCUAUAAAAGAGAUCAGGAAACGACUGAAAAUAUUGACACAUAUGUGGCAAUUCUGAGAUCACUUGCAAAAAGGUGCAAAUUUGAUGCGCUGGAAAAUGAAAUGAUUCGUGACAGAAUUGUAUUAGGAAUACGGGACAAUGGCACGCGAAAAAAAUUACUUCAGGAACCGAAGUUGGAUUUGAAGAGAUGUGUUGACAUCUGCAGGGCCAAUGAAAAAUCCACCUCCCAGCUUAAAACUAUGGAAGAGGUACAUGCCGUAAAAAUGAAAUCACCACGCAAACCCCAGGCAUUUACAAAAACCAAACAAACAACAAGGAAAGAAAUUAAGCAAUUUCCUACUGCCUCUAAAAGUCACAAAGAACGCCUAUAUUGCGGUAAGGAACACCCCUUUAGAAAAGAAUUGUGUCCAGCAUGGGGAAAAAAGUGUAGAAAAUGCAGCCAGAUGAACCACUUCUCAACGAAAUGCUCACUACUCAAACCAAGGCGUGGCCACAUCAAACAAAUCAACAAUGAUACAAGUGAUGAGGAAUUUAUCCUCAUGAUUAAAAACAUAAAUGCCAUUGAGAAAAAACUGUAUGCAGAAAUCCAAAUUGAAGGAAAAACUGUGAGAUUCCAGUUAGACUGUGGAUCAACAGUGAAUGUACUACCCGAAGAAAUCUAUAAACAGGUAUGCAAUGACCCUAAUCUCAGCAUGCUUCAGAAAGCAGACAUGACUCUUGUCAUGUUUAACAAAACUGAAUGCCACCCUCUUGGCAAAAGAAGACUCAGUGUGCGAAAUCCCAAAAACAAUAAGCGUUACAACUUUGAAAUAGUUGUUGUUCAAGGAAAUUUAAACCCAAUCUUAGGAGCAAAGGUAAUUCAAGGAAUGAACAUGAUUACGGUUAACAGAGAAAACAUUGCUGCCGUCGACUCCGAGAAUCAAAACAAAAGCAUUCAAGAGAAAUACAAUGACGUAUUCAACGGUCUUGGAAAAUUAAGUGGAGAGCUGCAUCUUGAGAUUGACAGUUCGACUGCUCCCGUUAAACUUUCCACUAGAAAGGUGCCGAUCGCUAUGAGAGCUCCGCUAAAACAUGAGCUCGACAGACUGACAGACGUAGGUGUGUUAGCACCGGUAUCGGACCCAACCGAUUGGAUUUCCUCACUUGUAGCGGUAAGGAAGCCCAGUGGGAAAAUGCGACUAUGCAUUGACCCAAAGCCGCUAAACAAAGCCUUAAAACGCAACCACUAUACAACACCAACUAUAGAAGACAUAUUGCCAGAACUGAGCAAAGCUAGGAUUUUUUUCUGUUGUCGACUGCAAAGAUGGUUUCUGGCACAUCGUUCUGGACGAUGA